UUCUCAUGUGCUCCGAGUACACAAUCCCUCUGUCAAAAUUAUUCCUAAAAUUAGGGUAACACUCUCUCACUCACAGAAAUUGUUCAGUUCUAAGUUAGCCAUUGAAGAUGAAGUUAAUUUCUGUUCGCAAUGGUACUAUUCCCUUUAUCUAUCAUUCUUGUUCAGCCAUUAGAGCUUAUUCUUCACGCCAUAGUCAUAAAUCCAUUUCGGUGAAGGGUAAGGUUGGGUUAACCAUCAAUUUUGAGAAUGUUAAGUGUUUGGAUGAUGCUGUUACUCUCUUCCAUCAAAUGGUCAAAACACAACCUCUUCCUUCUGUUGUAGACUUCUCUAAAUUAUUUAAGACUAUGCUCAAUAUGAGGCAUUAUUCUGCUGUCAUUUCUCUUUUUCGAGAAAUGCAGACAUUGGGCAUCCCAAUUGAUGGAUUCAUCUUGAGUAUCGUGAUUAACAGUUAUUGCUUGAUGCAUCAUGCUGAUUGUGCAUUUUCGGUGUUACCCAUUUACUUGAAGAAUGGCAUUCCACUUAAUGUUGUCACCCUUAACACCCUAAUAAGAGGGAUAUUUGCUGAAAAUAGGGUCAAAGAUGCAGUUGAAUUGUUCAAAAAAUUGGUUAGAGCUAACAUUUGUGAGCCCGACGAAGUCAUGUAUGCAACCGUAAUGAAUGGUCUCAGCAAAAGGGGCCAUACCCAAAAAAUUUUAAGUUUGCUCAGGUUAAUGGAACACGGUAACACUAAGCCCGACAUAUUCAUCUACAGCAUUGUUAUAGAUGCCCUUUGCAAAGAUGGAAACUUAGAUGCUGCUAUCAACCUUUUGAACGAGAUGAAAUUGAAAGGCAUUCCUCCAGACAUAGUCACAUACAAUUCAAUAAUUGAUGACUUUAUUCUCUGAGAUGGUAAAUCAUAAUAUUUAUCCAAAUGUGCGCACCUUCACCAUAGUGAUAGAUGGACUGAUGUGAUCACCUACAGUGCAAUAAUGGAUGGAUAUUGCCUGCGUGGUCAAGUGGAUAGUGCGAGAAGAAUUUUUGAUUUCAUGAUAGAUAAGAG